AUGUCCGCGGCGGGCGGGGAGACUCGUGGGGACUCGCGGGAGGAGGGCGCUGCUGCCGCCGCGCCGUUCAGCUUCAGCCCGGAGCCCACGCUCGAGGAUAUCCGCCGUCUCCAUGCAGAGUUUGCUGCUGAAAGAGACUGGGACCAGUUCCACCAGCCUCGGAACCUUCUCCUGGCCUUAGUAGGGGAAGUGGGAGAGCUGGCAGAGCUCUUUCAGUGGAAGCCCGAUGAGGAGGCUGGCCCCCAAGCCUGGCCCCCCAAGGAACGGGCAGCCCUUCAAGAGGAGCUUAGUGAUGUCCUCAUCUACCUGGUAGCAUUAGCAGCCCGCUGCCGUGUGGAUCUGCCCCAAGCAGUCCUUGCCAAGAUGGACAUCAACCGGCGACGUUACCCAGUACAUCUGUCCCGCGGCUCUGCCCGCAAGUAUACAGACUUGCCCCAUGGGGUCACCUCCAAAGACCAGGCUGUGAGGCCUGCAGACCUUACCUGUGAGCCUACGGGCCAAGCCUCAACCUAGAACAUGGGCACAGAACCUGAACUCAGCAUGGCAUCUGAGGAGCAGAGGGUGGCCCGGCCGUGGAAGCUCUUCUAAUCCUUUCCUAACUGAUCAUGGGUCUGGCAGCCCCACUUCCAGAGGUCUCAGGCCCAGAAAUCUCCAGAAGACAGCUUCAUUUUCUCUCUCAAUAAAACAGUUUUGGUUAGCAAUUUCCAGAUUCUUCCUGGAGUGGUGGGGGGCAGGGAGGGGGAGGCUGUGUCCCAGAAGGUGCCAAAGAGGGGUGCCUUUGGGUUCAACUCCUGUGUAUAUUGUACCUUCUUCCUUUGGGGCAGAGAAAUUUGAGUUCUAGCAAUUCACUGUGAGAUUUCCUGCAAGGUCCUUUCCUAUUCAGGCUUCUAAAGGAGUUUGGAGGCUAUGUGUAGUGCUGGUUAAGAAUCCACAUUUUGGGGCCUCCCCUGGUGGCACAGCAGUUGAGUGCUAGGUGCGAGGCUGCCCGCAGCCUCUGCAGCGCCAGUUCGAUCCCCGGCCACUGGCGAGGGUCCCACAAAAAAAAAAAAAAGAAUCCACAUUCUGGAGCUAGCAUUUCUGGGUUCGAGUACCAUUAGUGAUACUUAGCUGGAUGGUGUUGUUCAAAUCACUUCUGCACUUCAGCUUGCUCAUAUGUAAAAUAAAUAGUAUCUGGGCCUCCCCGGUGGCGCA